AGCCACACCCAGCAGCAGCCGACAAUCUACUUGAUUCACUUCAGCGGCCGCAGACAGAGAAGUCACACUGAGAAAAAUCACACGCGUAACAAAAUUCUUAGAUAGAAUCCCUCGGAUACCGAAACCAUGGCUGGAGUGAGCUCGUGUAUGAAGUAUUCCAUGUUCUUCUUUAACUUCUUGUUUUGGGUUGCAGGGUGCAUUAUCCUUGGGGUGUCCAUAUGGCUCCGUGUGAACAAAAACAAUCAGAUCGUUAGUUCUGAUAUACCUGCUGUCAAUCUGCUAAUCGCCAUUGGUUCAAUCAUCAUGGUUCUUGGAUUUCUUGGCUGCUGUGGAGCAAUCAGAGAAAGCCGCUGCAUGCUGCUGUUGUUUUUCAUUGGAUUGCUGCUAAUCUUCUUGCUGCUGGUUGCUGCAGGGAUCGUUGGCAUUGUGUUCAAAUCCAAGGUUGAAGAUGGUAUGAAGCAAGCAUUGCAGACCUAUGUUCCAAUAACCAGCCAGCCACAGGAAUUCCAGAAUGCUAUGAACAGCUUACAAAGCGAGGUAAAGUGCUGUGGAAUUGUCAAUGGUGCUAGUGACUGGGGAAACGCCGUUCCUGAUUCUUGUAAGUGCCAAGCGCCUAACAACUGUACAUCGGGUUCACCCAGCGUUUAUAAACUGAGCUGUGGAGACUACAUCAUUCAACAAACGCAGAACAACAUGAUAAUCGUCUUGGGUGUUGCUUUUGGACUGGCCAUCCUCAUGAUCUUUGGAAUGACCUUCUCCAUGUCCCUCUACUGCCAAAUCGGCAGGAAAUAAGCUUCCAGAAACCACUCGUCUCAAGCCUGGGCAGGCACUGACUUCAAGAUGAAGUGUUGCUGCACGACAUUCAUUUGACCGUUUUUUUUCAAGUUACCAACUGCAUUUAUUAUUUCCAAUUUGCUAAGCAUUGUGGACUGUUAUGAGCGGUGAAUUUUAAUUGGUGGAAGCCGUGCAUACAUUAUUUUGGUUUUAGUAUAAAAUCUUAAUGUCUUGUGUAAUUUUUUUUUUUUCCUCCUCCUGGAGGUGAAGUUUUAUUGUGUGUUCAAUACUUACAAAUCCAAAUGUUUUAUUACUUUCAAUAAAAGUGUUUUUUUUAUAA